ACUGCUCUAUUCAACUCCCCCCCGCAAAGGGCAAAGGCUGAAAGGCUAUUGCUAGGUCCGCCUAACCACCCUCCGAACUCCCAAUCCAGCGAAGUACCUCUCACCCCCACGACCCAAACAAACCCAUCUCUCUCUCUCUCUCUCUCUCUCUCACAAACCCAGAAAUGUCUUCCUUUGCCGAAAAUAUGAAUGUGAACUAACUCUUCCUACUUGCUUUCCUCUCCCUCUGAGACCCCUGGUUCGAAAAGCCAUAAAUUGUAGAAAAGGCCACGAAUGAGUAGCCGCAGAGACGGGCCCUUGAUGCGGAACACGGCGCAGUCGCUUCACAAGUCGAGGGUCGCAAUCGCCGCGGCGAUCGGAGUCGGAGUCCUGUUUGGUUGCGUCUUCGCCUUCUUGUUCCCUCACGGCCUCUCCCUCCCACCCCGUGUUUACACUUCCCGCCUCUCCAAUUCUAACAAUGCGCAGGUUGGUUCAGCUUCUUGUGAAUCGUCCGAACGGAUGAACAUGUUGAAAUCAGAGUUUGUGGCAGCAUCAGGGAAAAAUGCCGAGUUGAAAAAAAAAGUUAGGGAGCUUACUGAAAAGCUUAGAUUGGUUGAACAAAGGAAAGAUCAGGCGCAGAAGCAGGUUCUUGUGUUGGGUAAACAGCAGAAAGCUGGACCUUUUGGUACUGUCAAGGCCUCAAGAACCAACUCUACCAUCGUGCCUGAUGAAUCUGUGAAUCCAAGAUUGGCAAAGAUAUUAGAGAAAGUUGCUGUUCAGAGAGAGCUUAUAGUUGCUCUUGCAAACUCAAAUGUGAAGGACAUGUUGGAGGUCUGGUUCACUAAUAUUAAGAGAGUGGGUAUACCCAAUUAUCUGGUUGUUGCUUUAGAUGACGAGAUUGCUAAGUUCUGCGAGUCAAAGGAUGUUCCAGUGUAUAAGAGAGACCCAGAUGAAGGUGUUGAUUCAGUUGCGAGGACUGGAGGGAACCAUGCUGUCUCCGGGUUGAAGUUUCGUAUUCUGAGAGAGUUUUUGCAACUGGGUUAUAGUGUUCUUCUAUCAGAUGUUGAUAUUGUGUAUUUGCAGAAUCCUUUUCAUUAUCUCUAUCGGGAUUCUGAUGUGGAGUCCAUGACUGAUGGUCAUGAUAACAAUACAGCUUAUGGCUACAAUCAUGUCUUUGAUGAACCUGCAAUGGGAUGGGCUCGAUAUGCUCAUACAAUGCGGAUUUGGGUCUACAACUCUGGUUUCUUCUGUAUUAGACCAACAAUCCCUUCGAUUGAACUUCUGGAUCGUGUAGCCGGUCGACUUUCUAGGGAGCCAAACGCUUGGGACCAGGCAGUUUUUAAUGAGGAACUGUUUUACCCUUCACAUCCUGGGUAUGAUGGACUUCAUGCUUCCAGGAGAACUAUGGAUUUCUAUCUUUUUAUGAAUAGCAAAGUCCUCUUCAAGGGUGUGAGGAAAGAUGCUAAUAUGAGGAAGUUGAAACCAGUAAUUGUUCAUGUAAAUUAUCACCCUGAUAAGCUUCCAAGAAUGAAAGCAGUUGUGGAAUUUUAUGUUAAUGGGAAGCAAGAUGCACUGGAACCCUUCCCUGACGGUUCAGAUUGGUAACAUGUUUCUUCUGCUUCUCGGAAAUGCCUUCAGCAUUUAGGUUGCUUGCUGAGUUCAAAUGAAAUGUAGUAUAAAUGUUCAAAAGCACAUGUGCAAGUUACAAUCAAGAGAGGUUUCAUCUUUUGUGAGCAAUGUGAGUUAUGCCCUUUUUCUCACAUUUUAAAUCCGUGAAUUACUUUGGGAUAUCUUCCCUCUGCCAUAGGAACUGUGAUGGCAUCCAAUAAAACUCUUUAUUAAGUGAA